AUGUCUCGUCGAAAGCAAGCCAAACCCCAGCACCUCAAAUCGGACGAAGAGCUGCAGGCGGAGGUGGUUUCGGAGCACGCAGCCCCAGGAGAAGGAGCAGAUGAUGGUGACAGCGGGAACGAGAGCAGGAGCGGAAGCGAAGAAACCAAUGUUUGUGAGAAGUGCUGCGCCGAGUUCUUCAAGUGGACAGACUUCCUGGAGCACAAGAAGAGCUGCACUAAAAACCCUUUGGUGCUGAUCGUGAAUGAAGAUGAAGCAGCUCCACCCCCUGCUGAGGAGUUCCCUGAGCCCUCUCCUGCUAGCUCUCCUAGUGACCAGGCAGAGAGUGAAGCCGCUGAAGAAGGCGUCCAGGCAGAAAACAAUGAUAGCUCUGAGAUAAAAACCACGGAAAAGGAAGAAGAGCCAAUGGAGGUAGAAACUCCUGCAGAAAAAAAUUUCCCGAAUCAAGGCACCUCAAACACAGCUACUCCUCUACCUCAGAUCCCUGAACCAUCUUCCAUGACAAGCUAUAACAUGCCAAACACUAAUGUCACACUAGAGACUCUGCUGAGCACUAAAGUGGCGGUGGCGCAGUUCUCGCAGAGCGCCCGGACUGCUGCUUCUGCCAGCAUCAGCAGUGGGGUGACGGCCGUGGCCAUCCCCAUGAUCCUGGAGCAGCUGAUGGCCCUGCAGCAGCAGCAGAUUCACCAGCUCCAGCUCAUCGAGCAGAUCCGCAGUCAGGUGGCGAUGAUGAACCGCCAGCCGCUACGGCCAUCUCUAAAUCCAGUCCUGGCCGCCCAGGGGGGACCCGGGCAGGCAUCCAACCAGCUGCAGGGAUUUGCCACCAGCGCUGCCGUCCAGCUUACUGCAGUCAUUCCUUCUGCCCUCGUGGGUCAGGCUGCCAGCGGCCAGCCGGCUGCCUUUGAUGGCUCUCAGCACAUCUCAAGGCCUACGUCUGGAGCAAGUACACCCAAUAUAUCCAGCGGUGGCUCUUCUGCCCAACCUGAAUCAACUAUGCCCUCCUCCUCAAACGCAAUUACGUCCAUAACUGCUGUUUCCGUGUCAAAUGCUCCUAACAGUGCUUCGCAGCCUCAGAACGCUUCGACUUCGCCUUCAAUAGGACAUGGAAGCCUCACCUCAGUGUCCAACCUGCCAAACCCACUUCUACCUCAGUCUUCGUCAAAUAGCGUGAUCUUCCCCAAUCCACUGGUUAGCAUUGCUGCAACUGCUAACGCGCUGGAUCCUCUGUCCGCCCUUAUGAAGCACCGCAAAGGAAAGCCACCCAACGUGUCAGUGUUUGAACCUAAGUCGAGCUCCGAGGAUCCCUUUUUUAAACACAAAUGCCGAUUUUGUGCCAAGGUCUUUGGAAGUGACAGUGCUUUACAGAUUCACCUCCGCUCGCACACAGGCGAAAGACCUUUCAAAUGUAACAUAUGCGGCAACCGCUUUUCCACAAAGGGCAACCUGAAGGUUCAUUUUCAGAGGCAUAAAGAGAAAUACCCUCAUAUUCAGAUGAACCCUUACCCUGUUCCAGAAUACCUCGAUAAUGUGCCCACCUGCUCUGGAAUCCCAUACGGAAUGUCACUGCCCCCUGAAAAGCCGGUCACAACAUGGUUAGACAGCAAGCCUGUUUUACCGACUGUCCCAACUUCCAUCGGGCUCCAGCUGCCCCCCACUAUACCUGGUAUGACUAGCUACGGAGAUUCUCCAAGUAUCACUCCCAUGAGCAGGUCACCCCAGAGGCCUUCUCCUGCCUCCAGCGAAUGCACUUCUCUAUCCCCGAGCCUCAACACUUCUGAGUCAGGCGUUGCAGUGUCUGCAGAAUCCCCGCAGCCCGUUCAGAGCGGCUCAUCUGUGCCCAAAGUAGAACCUGUCACUCUGCCUCCCACGAGCACGAGGCUCGGGGACCUUUCUGCAGGUGGGAAAGUUUCCACAGCUUCCACGUCUUCAAUUCCUACUGCUGUUACGGACAGCAGUGUUGCAACGAGCCUCCCAAACCCUGUGCUUCCAGCAGUGUCUGACCAUUUCAAGGCAAAGUUUCCAUUUGGUGGUCUGCUAGACUCUAUGCAAACAUCAGAAACCUCAAAACUACAACAGCUAGUGGAGAACAUUGAUAAGAAGAUGACAGAUCCAAAUCAAUGCGUCAUUUGUCACCGUGUGCUUAGUUGUCAGAGCGCUCUCAAGAUGCAUUACAGAACGCAUACAGGAGAAAGACCAUUUAAAUGCAAAAUUUGUGGACGUGCCUUUACUACGAAAGGCAAUCUAAAAACACAUUUUGGAGUUCAUCGAGCGAAGCCACCACUUAGAGUACAGCACUCGUGUCCCAUUUGUCAAAAGAAAUUUACAAAUGCGGUUGUUCUUCAGCAGCACAUUCGUAUGCAUAUGGGCGGGCAAAUUCCAAACACGCCGCUACCAGAGGGCUUCCAGGAUGCCAUGGACUCAGAGCUUUCUUAUGAUGAGAAGAACGUUGACACACUGAGCAACUUCGAUGAUGACAUUGAUGAAAAUUCCAUGGAAGAGGACCCAGAGCUAAAGGACACAGCAAGUGACUCCUCCAAACCCCUUAUCUCUUACUCUGGGUCGUGUCCUUCUUCACCACCUUCUGUGAUCUCCAGUAUUGCUGCUCUGGAGAAUCAAAUGAAAAUGAUUGAUUCUGUCAUGAACUGUCAGCAGCUGACCAGUUUAAAAUCCAUAGAAAAUGGAUCAGGGGAAAGUGACCAUUUGAGCAAUGAUUCUUCAUCGGCCGUUGGUGAUCUUGAAAGCCAGAGUGCAGGCAGCCCUGCAAUGUCAGAGUCUUCUUCCUCCAUGCAAGCUUUGUCUCCUGUAAAUAGCAAUAGUGAAAGUUUCAGAUCAAAGUCCCCAGGUCUCAGUAACCAGGAAGAACCACAAGAAAUACAGUUAAAGACAGAAAAACCAGACAGUCCACCACCUGCAACUGAAAAUGGAGGCGCAUUAGAUCUGACAUCUACCAACCCAGGAAGACCGGUCAUCAAAGAGGAGGCUCCUUUUAGCCUGCUGUUCCUGAACAGAGAACGUGGUAAGUUUAAAAGUACUGUUUGUAAUAUCUGUGGCAAGCCUUUUUCUUGUAAGAGUGCAUUGGAAAUUCACUACCGCAGCCAUACUAAAGAACGUCCAUUUGUUUGUACAGUCUGCAAUCGUGGGUGUUCCACUAUGGGUAAUUUAAAACAGCACUUACUGACGCACAAAUUAAAAGAGCUGCCUUCUCAGUUAUUUGAACCCAACUUUACUCUAGGUCCCAGCCAAAGUACUCCUAGCCUGGUCACCAGUACAGCGCCUACCAUGAUCAAAAUGGAAGUGAAUGGUCACAGCAAGCCGAUCUCUUUGGGUGAGGUUCCCUCGCUUCCAGCUGGAAUCCAGGUUCCUGCUGCACCACAGACAGUGAUGAGUCCGGGGAUCACCCCUAUGCUGGCACCCCCCCCUCGCCGGACUCCCAAGCAGCACAACUGUCAGUCGUGCGGGAAGACCUUCUCCUCAGCAAGUGCACUGCAGAUACACGAGCGCACCCAUACUGGUGAAAAACCAUUUGGUUGCACAAUCUGUGGUAGAGCUUUUACCACAAAGGGGAAUCUUAAGGUUCACAUGGGAACUCACAUGUGGAAUAAUGCUCCUGCACGCCGCGGCCGCCGCCUCUCUGUGGAAAAUCCCAUGGCUCUGCUCGGUGGCGACGCACUCAAGUUCUCUGAGAUGUUCCAGAAGGAUUUGGCAGCUCGGGCCAUGAACGUUGACCCAAAUUUUUGGAACCAAUACGCUGCAGCUAUCACUAAUGGACUUGCUAUGAAGAACAAUGAGAUUUCUGUCAUACAGAACGGAGGCAUUCCCCAGCUCCCAGUAAGUCUAGGCGGAGGCGCCAUCCCGCCUCUAAGUAACCUUACCGGUGGCAUGGACAAAGCUCGCACGGGCAGCAGCCCUCCCAUUGUGGGUCUGGACAAAGCAAGUUCUGAAACAGGAGCCAGUCGUCCAUUCACCAGAUUUAUUGAGGAUAAUAAAGAGAUUGGCAUAAAUUAA